AUUGCCACCACUAUCUCGUGGCCCCCUACCAUCAAGAGACUAGAAGCAAGUAGUACUAGAUGCUCGUUGUGGAGGAGGUGGUAAAAGGGAGUGGGGCGAGGGUCUCAUUGUUGGAAGUUUACGUCAUUUCUUGAAAAACCAGUUGUUUUGAGUCGGUCGGUGCGCGCGGGUAAGCGAAAAAUGUCGUCCGCUGUUCGUCUUUGAUCUGAAAUCUUUCUCAUUUAUCCGAAAGUCGUCCCUAUAUAUAUAUAUAUAUAUAUAUAUACAUAUAUAUAUACACACGCACACACACACAGACGUACAUACAUAUACAUCAUACAUACAUAUAUAUAUAUAUAUGUAUAUAUAUAUAGAGUUUCUAUAAUAAACGGAAAUAUCGUACAAGUUUAAAGAACGAUUGUGUUAGACGGUAAUCUUGAAAGCAACAUUUCUGUGAAUACUUGAAUCCAAAGUCUGUAAAGAAUUUGGAAUAUACCUUUGUUUUCGGAAGAACGUAUUUGGAAUAAACGAGUUCUCUUAAACGAUGAAUACUUGUUUUGUACUGGCUAAGGGCUGCUUAGUUUGCCGCUUGACCCAGUUUAAUAAAAAAAAUAUACACAAUGCUGUUCUUCCCGAACUGGUUACAGCCGCAGGACAUGCUGCACGAUGUUGAGAAUCGUUAUGGGAUCAGUACAGAUUCCUGUAUAAUGUUUGAGGAGUUCUGCAUAUUUGCCACAGAACUGGCACUUCUGUGCGAACGAGGAACAGUCGUUCCUAUGAGCACCUCUCAUUUGUUACACUGUGAUGGAAAGGAUACUAAUUACAAAAUUGGUUCAAAGAGAAUGGCAUAUGAGGUAUUUUUGGGUGGCUCUUGUAAUCCAACCACCUGGAGGUCAGAGAUAGCAAUACCGACACUUCAAAGACUUGGAAUUACUUAUUAUAAUCCUCAAGUAUCACAAUGGGGUCCAGAGCUUAUAGCUCAAGAAUAUGAAGCAAAACAGACAGCACGCGUUUUGCUUUUUGUAAUCGAUAAUCAAACUCGUAAUAGCGCCGGAAUUAUAGAGGCAGCUCAAUUGGCAGCAACUAGGAGUGAAUCUCUGAUUCUUGUAAUUUACCCGUAUCGACAAGAUCAGACUAUACUCGGAGAAAGUGUUUCAUCACAGGAAUACUAUGAUUUAAUGAAUGGAUUACUUGUACUUCAAUACUUUAUGGAAAGACACAGGAUACCUAUAUUUGAAAGUGUAUCGGUCGCUCUAAAUUGUACAUCUAAGAUUUUGCGCGAACAAAUAAACGUACAGGACUUACAUGCUGAUGAUGGAGCAAGAACUAUGAGAAUCUCUCUAAGUCAAAAUGGGUCCGAUAUAAUAAUGUUAAGAGAGAUUUUUAAAUCUUUGGACAUUAAUGAUAGUGGUACAAUAAAUUUAAAAGAAGCUUGGGUAGCCUUACAGACAAACACAAAAUGUAAUGUGUCAGUUUCAGAUCUGUUCAAUGCUGUAAAUAAGUCAGAAACGUACAGAAGCGUGAUCGAUGGAUUUCCAGGGAAAGGUGAUCCAGCAGAAUCGCGGAUAAACUUCGAACAGUUUUACUCUUUAGCCAGCGAAGCUUCAUGGCGGAUGAAGAAUAAUGGAGUUUCUUGUGAAAGUGAGAUACCUUCAGUUUGGAGUAUAUUAUGUAGGAAGGCCUCAAAAUUUCUGCGCAGAGCUAUUGUACACCCUUUUAAUCGUUUCCUAGAUUGGACUAACUCCUUAAUACCAGAGUCUGAGAAGAGAGACCUGUAUGUUGGAGUGGUCAGUAAAGAUCUGUUUUGGUUAGAAUCUUCUGCAGCUCCAUUGAUUGAGUCUAUGGGUUUGACUCUAUAUCGACCAAGCCUGAAUGAGUACAACGUAAGGGUAUUGCCACACGAAUUACAAAGGAUGAAAAAUUCGCGGUUAAUCCUAUUAAUUGUACCGCAGCACUCUCGUGGCAUUGCUAUAAUGGCAUUAGCAGCUCACUUGAUUGGAAUACGUGCUAAGCUUGUCCUGUGUGUUCAAAUUCUCCCCGAGGGUUGCAUUAUUUCUGGUGAAAAGUUAACCGAACAAGCCACGAAAGACUAUAAUCGGGGAAGGAUGUACCUGUCGGACUAUGCAAAGCGCGAAGGUGUACCUGUUUUUCAGAAUAUCGCUGAUGCACUGCAACAUGCGAUACAGCUAGUUCAAAGUCCCUGUGGAAGUGCCACCCGUGGUACAGUUGUCAUGUACCACCAUAAUGGAACACCAAUUCCUAAGAGUAUUACCGCGAAGGAUAUGCUGGCAUAUACUCUAUAUUUUUCUAUUAUGAAUACGAUUGCAAUGGAACCAGAAAUUACCGUCACGACGGCUAGAGAGAAAGAGCCACAUUUGGGUAAUCUUCUUAUACGAUUUGUAGCAAUAUAUUGGAAAUCUUUUAUAAUUGUACUAUGGCCAUUGAUUCUAUUGCCAUUAGUAUUUAUAAAAACUGAAGAGGUAUUGGCCAUGCGAUGUUUAUACGUAGUUGCUUUGAUGGCAAUGUUUUGGGUAACAGAGGCUCUACCAUUGCCCAUCACAGGUCUCAUACCCGUGGUAUUUUAUCCUCUAAUGGGUAUUAUGAGCACCAAUGAAACUUGCCUUUGUUAUAUGAAUGAUACUACAAUGAUGUUUCUUGGUAGCUUAGUUAUCGCCGUUGUUAUUGAAAACUCUGGUCUACAUAUGCGCAUUGCUCUCUUGAUCAUAAAAAUAAUUGGUUGCAGUCAUAGAAGGUUGACUUUGGGCCUCUUUUUCGUGACGAUGUUCAUUUCUAUGUGGGUUUCUAAUACCGCUGCUACAACGAUGAUGAUACCGAUUAUGGAGACGGUACUCUUAGAACUUGAAGCACAAGGACUUGGUAAUAUGUUCAUUCAAGAGAAUGAAACUGAAAUGGCGAUUUCACCUAUGUAUGUAAAACAUUAUUUAUAUAUUUCUUCUUCAUAUAUAUUUAAUAAUCUAUCUUUAUAUAUUGAAUUUUAUUAUAGUUCAAAAAGACCGACACAUAGUACAAUGGUUUAUUAUUUGGUGGCAGCUUAUGGUUCAAGUCUUGGUGGUAUUGGUACGAUAGUAGGAAGCGGAACAAAUUUAACUUUGAAAGGAUUUUUCGAAACACGUUUUCCGAAUAGUCCAAGUAUAAGUUUUGCCUCUUGGAUGCUUUAUUCUGUACCACCAAUGUUACUGAUGGGCCUUCUGUCCUGGCUAUGGCUACAAGUGAUGUACAUGGGUCUAUUCAGGCCAAAAAGCAAAGAUGCUAGAGCGAUUGAUAUUGGUUCCCAAGGAGAACGUGUUGCUACAGAAGUGAUACAAAAAAGAUACAAGGAACUCGGACCGAUUUCGUGGCAUGAAUCUGUAGUUGGAGUUAUGUUUAUAACUGUUGUACUACUUUGGUUCUUUAGAAGUCCUGGAUUCAUGAAAGGCUGGCCAUCUUACAUCACGAAUUUGCCAGUCAAGGAUUCAACGGCGGCUACGUGUUUGACGAUCUUAUUUUUCAUACUUCCAGCAAAACUUGAUUUUCUACAUGCCUUUGAUAAGGAUCCGAAUAAACGUCCUAAAAAACCGUCGCCUGGUAUGAUAACAUGGCAGACGAUACAUCAAAAAAUGCACUGGAGUUUGAUACUGGUGCUUGGUGGAGGUUUUGCUAUAUCAGCUGGUAGUAAAUUAUCUAGAUUAUCAGAAAUCCUUGGAAAUUUAUUAACAGGAUUGAAUUCUAUACAUCCAAUAGCAAUAUUGGCUAUUGUUUGUAUAUUUGCAGAAACUGCAACUGAGCUCACUGCAAAUGUUGCUGUUGCAAAUAUCAUAUUACCAGUAUUAGCAGAAAUGUGUGUGGCACUACAAAUACAUCCUUUGUAUCUUAUGCUUCCAGCAACUAUAUGUUGUUCAUUCUCAUUUCAUUUACCAGUAGGUACACCACCCAAUGCCAUUGCCAGUGCAGCAGGACAUAUAAGAACAAAAGAUUUUAUAAUUGCUGGGAUAGGUCCAACUAUUAUAACACUCAUUAUAACUAUAGGAGGAUUUUGUACUUGGGGUACAUAUGUAUUUAAUUUACAUGAAUUUCCAACAUGGGCUUCGCAGAAUAAAACAAUGUAGAUUUGCUUUUUA